AUGGAAGCUCUCGGCCACCUGAGAAUCGGCGUUUGUGUCCCUUUGUCCUCCCCAUUUCCGCCGUCCCACGCUAAGAAACACCUAAAACCGAACGCCGUCAGCGGCGGACCUACCAGCAGUAAUGGCGUUUCCAGCAGCUUCUCCGCUAGCAAAUGGGCCAACCGUCUCCUUGCCGACUUCCAAUUCCUACCCACAACCAAUAAUGCCGACGCUUCAGACUCAACCGCCACCACGCUCACUCCGCCUUACCCUCCCACACUCUCCACCACUCCUGAACGCCACGUGUCUAUGCCCAUCGACUUCUACCGAGUACUCGGCGCGGAGGCUCACUUCCUUGGAGACGGAAUUAGAAGGUGUUAUGAAGCUAGAGUUUUGAAACCCCCUCAGUAUGGAUAUAGUGAUGACGCAUUGAUUAGCCGGAGGCAGAUUCUUCAAGCAGCUUGUGAAACCCUAGCAAACCCUAGCUCGAGAAGAGAAUAUAAUCAAGGGCUUGCAGAUGAUGAAUUUGAUACGAUUCUCACUGAAGUGCCAUGGGAGAAUGUUCCGGGAGCCUUGUGUGUGUUGCAAGAAGGGGGAGAGGAUGAAGUGGUGCUUCAAAUUGGUGAGAGUUUGCUGAAAGAAAGACUACCCAAAUCAUUCAAGCAGGAUGUUGUGUUGGCAAUGGCACUAUCCUAUGUUGAAAUCUCAAGGGACACAAUGGCGAUAUCUCCUCCGGAUUAUAUCAAGGGUUGUGAAUUGUUGGAGAGGGCCCUGAAGCUAUUGCAGGAAGAAGGUGCAAGCAGCCUUGCACCCGAUUUACAAGCACAAAUUGAUGAAACUUUAGAAGAGAUAAACCCACGAUACGUGCUUGAGCUUCUGGCCUUGCCUCUUGAUGAUGAACAUCAAACAAGAAGGACAGAGGGUCUUCAAGGUGUGCGGAAUAUUUUGUGGGCGGUUGGAGGAGGGGGUGCGGCUGCUGUCGCUGGGGGAUUUACGCGCGAAGAUUUCAUGAAUGAAGCCUUCUUACAGAUGACAGCAGUGGAGCAGGUCGAACUCUUUGCUGCCACACCUGAUAAUAUACCGGCAGAAAGUUUUGAAGUUUACGGAGUUGCUUUGGCACUUGUUGCUCAAGCUUUCAUGGGUAAAAAGCCUCAUCUUAUUCAAGAUGCCGACAAUUUGUUUCAACAACUUCAACAGAUCAAAGUAACAGCCUUGGGAAAUUCAGCCUCUAUGUACAAUGCGAGAGGAAACCGUGAAGUGGACUUUGCGUUGGAGAGGGGUCUAUGUUCGCUUCUUGUAGGGGAGGUGGACGAAUGUCGUUCAUGGUUAGGCUUAAAUGAUGAUAACUCACCUUACAGAGAUCCCUCUAUAGCUACCUUUGUCAUGGAAAAUUCUCGGGAUGAUCCUGAGAAUGAUCUCCUUCCUGGCCUUUGUAAGUUGUUGGAAACAUGGCUAAUGGAGGUGGUCUUUCCUAGAUUUAGAGAGACAACAGAUGCCCAGUUCAAGCUUGGGGAUUACUAUGAUGAUCCUGUUGUAUUAAGGUAUUUAGAACGGCUAGAGGGAGUCGGUGGUUCACCAUUGGCUGCCGCCGCGGCUAUUGCAAGGAUCGGUGCUGAAGCUACUGCGGUUCUUGAUAGCGUAAAGAUUGGUGCAAUUCAGGCGUUACAGAAGGUUUUUCCUCUUGGUCAGGAGGCACCAAGUGUUCGGCGUCAGGAUAACGGUGAGUUUGGUGAUUCGGUUGUGGUUGAGACCGAGUUUAGCAAUCAGCUGGAUGGAGGUGUGCCUGCUGAUAUAAUCAGUGUCCGUCAGGCAAACGAUUCCGAUGAGAUUCAAGAACAAGAGAUGAUUACUUACCGGAUAAAAGAUGCAGCGAUCAAGAUCAUGUGUGGUGGCAUGGUGGUCGGAUUGUUGACUUUAGCUGGCUUGAGAUAUAUGCCAUUUAAGAGAGGCUCUCCUAUCCCUCGUAAAGAAGUUGGUUCGGCUAUGGCUUCCGAUGUCAUCAAUGUGGGGGAUUCUACAGUUGAAGAUGUUGAAAAAAUUCCUAGAAUGAAUGCAAGAUUUGCCGAAGGUCUAGUUCGCAAGUGGCAGAGCAUUAAGUCACAGGCCCUUGGACCUGAUCAUUCCCACGAUAAAUUGUCAGAGGUAUUGGAUGGUCAAAUGCUCAAGAUCUGGGUGGAACGAGCAAUCGAAAUUGCUCAACAUGGUUGGUUCUGGGACUACAAUCUGUUAAACAUUACCAUUGACAGUGUGACCAUCUCGCUCGAUGGCCGCCUAGCUGUGGUGGAAGCAACCCUUGAAGAGUCUGCUGAGUUGACCGAUGUGGCUCACCCAGAACAGAACGACUCAUACAGUUCAACCUACACGACACGGUAUGAGAUGUCAUAUACUAAGGCAGGAUGGAAAAUUACAAAGGGGGCUGUCCUCAAAUCAUAAUCUGCAGAUAUAUCAUGUACAAAUCGAAGGUACACCCUGCUGUGGUUUUGACCCAUCUGGCAAUUGAAAAAAUAAGACUUAUCUAAAAGAGAUAAACAUGCCUCACCUAACAGGAGCAUAAAAGUACCAUUUCAUUGCCACAUAGAAAGUUGGGUGGGUGCAUCAGAUAGCUGAAUUUGAUGCGAAGAUCGCAUCAAUGUAUAACUGAUUGGGUAAUGGUUUAUGAUUACACAAUUACAUACC